AUGAGCCGUGCAGAGGUUGACUUGCAAAUUAGUGUAAGAAAAGCCUGUAACAAUGAGGAAGUUCCCCCGAAAAGAAAACAUGUCAGGUCCUGUAUUGUUUACACUUGGGACCACAAAAACUCGCGUGCUUUUUGGAAUGCUGUGAAGAUUCAACCCUUGCAAAGCAGUGAGAUCCAAUUAUUUAAAGCCUUGAUAAUGAUCCAUAAGGUGCUUCAGGAAGGGCAUCCAAACACCCUUAAGGACGGCUACAGAAAUAGGGACUUUUUGUAUUCUCUCUCCACAGUCUUUCCCAGCACGUCAAAUUAUGGAUUGUUGAUUAAUCAGUAUGAUCGCUUUCUUUUGCAGAAACUCGACUUUCAUCGGAGUAAUCAUGGUUUCAAUGGAAUUUUCGAGUAUGAAGAGUACAUUUCUUUGAGAACAGUCAAUGAUCCUAAUGAAGGUUAUGAAUCAAUAUUGCAAUUGAUGGAUUUGCAAGACUUGAUCAAUGAUCUCCAAAAGCAUAUAUUUGCUACUGUUCACCAAUCUCCGAACAACUUGUGUAAAGUAAGUGCACUUGUACCCUUAAUUUCAGAGUCAUAUGGAAUUUACAAGUUUUUGGUAUCAAUGUUGAGAGCCAUGUUUCAGCAAUUAGGGGACGAUGAUGCAUUGAGUGCUUUGUUUGAUCGUUUUAGUUCGCAACACUUCGUGUUACGAGACUUUUACACUGACUGCCAAGCAAUAAAGUUCUUGACCAGCUUGAUAACUAUACCUCGAAUUGCAGCAUCUGUUCCAAACAUGAAAUCUGAUGAAGAAUCUCAACGUAUGCUGACAUUUGUUGAAAGCCAAAAUGACUUGGAAUCGAGCCAAUCAGGACAGGCUAGUGGCAGCUUGGAGAAUUUAGACGUUCCCUCUCUGGUUUCACUUUUGAGUGCACAAAAGACAGAAGCAAUUGACCAACAUCGCCAGUUACAACAACAACAGUAUGAGUUAGAGGCUCAGCGCCAACAGCAAUUAGAGGAGCAAGUAAGAAGACAGCAGUUGUUUGAGCAGCAAAUGAGAGAGCAGGAGCAAAAAAGGAUCCAAGAACAGCAGUUUUUGAGACAGCAGCAAACGCAGAACAACCAACUGAGAGUAUCUGAAUUGGAACAAGACUUACUCAUGUUCAAAGCGCAAUUUGACAAUGAUCAGGCUUUGUUGCAACAGUAUGAUUCAAGAGUGAAAUCAAUAGAAACCGAGUUGCUGAACAUCAACCAAACUGCUGCUCAGCAAAUUGCCACCAAGGAUGAACAGCUCAAUAUGGCAAAUGAGCAAAUAAGCAAUUGGUCUAAAAAGUACGAGUCAUUGGCGAUGCUCUAUUCCCAGUUACGCCUGGAGCAUUUGAACCUCUUGGCAAAAUUCAAGAAAAUACAACAAAAGAUCUCGAGUGCUCAAGAGUCAAUUUUGAAAAAAGAAAAGUAUGAAAAAGAUUUGAAGUCAAAAAAUCUUGAGCUCGCGGACAUAAUCCGGGAACGCGAUCGUGCAAGGUUAGACGUUGAUCGAGUAAAAGCGUCUAAAGAUCUGGAGAUUGAACACCUCCAAACUCAGAUCAGAGAGUUGACUUCUCAAGCUCAGGAAUAUAGUACAAAGAAUAGUCUGGUGCUAUCUGAAAAGAUCAAUCUGUAUAAAGAGCAAGUGGAACAACUCAGAUCGGAUUUGAUUGAUCGGGAAGAACAGUUGGCAAGUUUGGGGGAUCUUUCUUUGAUCAAAGAGAACUUGAAAGAAAAAGAAAUUGAUUUGGAGAUCACCCAGGAGUCUUUGGAUAGUGCUCUCAGACAAUUGGCUCUCGCAAAGCUGUCAACAAACGCUGAUCAACUUGUCAACCUACUUGAUGUAAUACUUGCAAACAGCGUACGGAGAGUACAGGAUUCAAAAUACGAAUUGCUUUCACCUAUGCAAGCCGGAAAUUCGAUUGCCACUCCUGAAUAUCUCUUGUCAUUUUUGGAUCUUUGCUCCGAUACAGCCACAAACUUUUCUCAAGCUUUCAAUGAUCUUAUGGCUGAUGGAGAUGAAAGUACAGAUGACUCUGCUUACGCACAGGUGAUUCUCACCAGUUCUGAGCUUACAUCCGCGCUCAAUGACUUCAUGCUCAAUCUGAAGGGUUUGAGCAAAAACAUCACGUCUGAUGAAGGAGAAGAAUUGGCAAAUCAAACGACUAGCGUAUUGUCCGGUGCGGAAUCACUUUUUCUGAAUUUGGCAUCUGACUCAAUCAAUGACUUGAUCUCGAUAGAAGAUAAAAUUGAUUUUGUUAUCGACUGCAAUUUACUGUUUCAACAGUUAUUGCAGACAGCGUCCUCGCUCAUUGAUACCUUGAGAGGUACUCAUGAGCUGGAUCUCACUAAGAAAGAGAACAUUGAAGACGUCGUAGAAGAUAAAUUCAGCGAAACUGCUGACGCAGUGGAGAACGCUUCAACUUUUCUCCGCAAUCUCUUGUCUCAAAUCGGCGAAGGAAAAGAUUUCGAAGUUCAUGAAUCUAUUUUGGGGGCUGCACUUGCAAUUACAAAAGCAGUAUCUGUUUUGAUAGCUGCAGCAACUGAAUCUCAAAUUGAGAUUGUUCGCCGAAACAAAGGUGAAAUUUCUCGAAGAGACUUCUACAAAAAGAACAGUCGUUGGACUGAAGGUUUGAUCAGUGCAUCCAAGGCUGUUGCGGGUACAACAAACAUUUUGAUUCAAACGGCCAACGGCAUACUCAAAGACGAAAAUGUGCAUGAGCAAUUAAUCGUUGCAUGUAAUGAAGUUGCAGCUUCAACUGCGCAACUCGUUGCAGCAUCCAGAGUGAAGGCAAACUUUGUUUCUAAAACGCAAGACAAGUUGGAGACCAGUUCCAAAACAGUAAAUUCAGCUUGUAAGUCCUUGGUUUCUGAAGUUCAGAAAUUGAUUAGAACAGACAAGUCCACUGAAGAUACACUCGACCUCACUAAAUUGACUCCUUACGAGGGUAAGACAUUGGAAAUGCAGCAGCAGGUUGAGAUAUUGCAGCUUGAGAACUCUUUGCUCGCGGCUCGGAAGAGACUAACUGAGAUUCGAAAGCAUGGGUAUGCCGAUGACCAAUUUGAAGAUGGAUCUUGA